UUGAAGCGACAGAGAGCAGCGACCGUUUUUCCGUGUAACAACACCGGAAGUGGAAGGAAUGUCAUUCUACUGCGAACACGGGAGGUGCAAUGAUGUGACCGGGCUAAAUGAAUGAGCUGUAGUUGUGUUGUAUGAUAAUUGUAAAUUAUAAAGAUGACAGCACUGACGUGUAGGUUUAUUAAACUUGCUGAUGGUUUGCUAAGAGGAGCGCAAGUAACCGUUUGCCGAGUUGGAGCAGCGCUGCAGAGAGCCCCUGUCAUUCAGUGUAUAAGAACGCAUCGGACAAACACAUGGUGGGAUGAGCACCUCACAGAAGAUAAUGCUUCCUUUCUAAAGAAGGUUGUUACAGAGGAAUACAAACAACAGACCACAGACAAACUCAACCCUCUCAAGGAUGAGCCCUGGCCCAGACAUGAGUGGGCAGAAGGGAGUCGGAGAGUCGGUCUUGUGGCCGUUAAACUUGGAAUGAUGCCUGUGUGGAGCAAAUCUGGAGAGAGACACGUAGUGACUAUGCUGCAGGUGCAAGACUGCCAUGUUGUGAAACAUCUAUCCAAGGAAGAGUAUAAUGGACGCACAGCGGCCCUGAUUGUGGGUGGAAAAAACAUCUCUCCGUUUCAUAGGCCAGAGGGAUAUUUAGAGGUUUUCCGGAAUGCAGGAGUUCCUCCCAAACAGAAACUCACCACGUUUUGUGUGUCAGACAAUGCCAUCAUCAAACCAGGCACUCCUCUCUAUGCAGCUCACUUCUGUCCAGGACAAUAUGUGGAUGUCACAGCGAAAACAAUUGGCAAAGGUUUUCAGGGAGUGAUGAAGCGCUGGGGGUUCAAAGGUCAGCCAGCUUCCCAUGGACAAACUAAAACACACAGGAGGCCAGGCUCUCUGGGGCCAGGAGGGGACCCAGCAAAAGUUUUCAAAGGAAAGAAGAUGCCAGGCAGGAUGGGAAACAUUUAUGACACCAAUCAUGGCUUGAAGGUAUGGAGAGUGAACACCAAGUAUAACAUCCUCUACAUCAACGGAUCUGUCCCGGGUCACCGCAACUGUCUUGUUAAGGUCAGGGACUCAAUUCUGCCCACUCGGUUGGAGAACAACAAGAACCCGCCAUUCCCCACAUUCUUUGCUGAUGGAGACAAAGAGCUCCCUGAAGACCUUUUCGAUGAGGACGUGUUCCAGUUUGGGCAGCCCAUGCCUGAAUGAGGUUGUGAGCCCACAAUUCUUGCUUAUGCUGGUAAAAGACACUGGGCAUGACGUGACCCUUGAUCGACGCCUUUCAUCUAGUGGAUUCAGCACUGCUGGGCUGAAAGACUUUUAAAGAAGUGUUCAGGUACAGAGUAAACUCAUACUUCUGUAUAACAACUGGAUCAUGUUUAGGUGUCAAACGCAGUUGUGUAUUUAAACAAUAAAACCUGUUUGAUAUAAUUA